AUGGUGGAGCUCUUUCACAAAUUCGGUAUACCACAUGACUUUACCGCGGAGAGGGUGCGGUCUAUAAACCAUAGCUUCAGUCGGAGAAGUGACGAGCAAAACGGAUUCAGUUCUUGGUUCCGACUUUCGUACGUAUCGGCUGCAUCUGCUCGAACUGAUGACGAGUCGCGUGAUGGAGAAGAUGAUGCAACUGAGAACUCUACAACAGCUGAUAAGUACCCAGAAAGAGAGUCGGCCUUUUUUCUUCAAGCUUCAGCCGAUACCAGUGCAACUCUGGUGUGUUUUGAUGCAGGGCCAAGAGUGAAAAGAAGGAUGUAUGGUUUGAUGAAGAGCCGGGGAUGGACUGAUGUUGCCACCAAUCCGCAGAUAUUGUUCGAUGUUGCUCUAGAAGGGCUACACGAAGAAGUUGAUGAUACGGCGCGGAAAAUGGAGGAGGAAUUUGAGCCGUUAGAAAAGGUGCGCUCUGAUGGCAUGAUCUCAAGUCCUAGAACACAACAUGAAGAGCUGUACUUGUUUGCGAGGCAUGCGACAGAGUUAUCAAGGGCACUUGAGUCUGCGUUAAUGAUCAAUGAGGGUAUUCUUAUGAAUGCCAGCAUCAGCAUCCCUUCAACAACCUCUAUGGGCAACCCACCAUCUCCUUCAAACAACAUUAGCAUUAGUCGGCGGUCACUUGUUGACUUACAGCUGAAGGAGUGCCUCGAAUAUCGUCGCACACUCUUUCACUCAACCCAUCUACGACUCUCUCACCUUCAGAAACGAAUCGAAGCCGCUACUGCUCUAGCAUCAAACUUGGUAUCGCAACAACAGUCCGCAGCAGCGAUACAGGGUCCAGUUUCGAUGAAGCUUAUAGCGGCUUCGAUUCUAAUAUUCUUGCCCACGAUUACCGUUGCAACCAUCGCAGGAUCGGGGUUACUACUAUCGGAACAAUUAGACGAAGAGGGCUCAUGGGACGUCAGCGCAACACCGUUAUUCUAUCUGUUAUGGUACAUUUCGAUACCGCUGACACUCGUGUUGGUUCUCUUGUCACUUUGUUGGCUGUGGUGGAGGCGAGGCAAGAGUGGCAAUAUGACACAAGCAUCUUCGUGGUUUCAAAAGGUGAUGAUUUGGAGGAGACAUACGAAAGAGAAGAAGGAGCACGAUGAAGAGUCGAGUAUGCCGGUUUGAGCAUACGAGACUAGUGAAGCAGAUUAGCCAUUAUGAAUGACUCUGAUCCAUGUUCAGCUUGUUACUUGAU